AUGGGUUACACAAUAAAACAAAAAAUUGACAUCUGUCUCAUGUCGGAGUCCAACCCCGAGAUGACCCAGGCAGACCUCGCACUCUGGACCCACCGCAAGUACGGCACCUCCAAACCACCCUCCCAGACCACCAUCUCGCGCAUUCUUUCCUCUAAAACCCAACUCAUCUCCCUGAAAAAGCACGAGUUUGCCUUGAUUCGCCGCCGCAAACCUUCCAAUCUCGUACUCCGCAACGUGCUCCAGGAGUGGAUCUCGCAAUCCAUCUGGGAUGGGAUCCCCGUCUCCAUUCCUAUCAUGCAACAUGCGGCCCAUGACUUUUGGUAUCGCCUUCCCAGCGACUUACGCCAGGGUACCGGUGAGUUCAACUCCAAGUGGUGCCACCAGUUUCUUCACAAGGUGAAUAUCAAGCUCAACUCGUUGGACCACCAUGCGCUAACCACGUCCCAACACAAGAUCUGGACGUUUGAGGAGCGCGUGGCGCUCCAGGGCGAACUCAGCCAGUACAAUGUCAAAGAUAUCUUCUCUAUCGAUGAAAUCCAGUUGUGCUACAACCUUCCGCUCGAUAACGUGUAUUACAAUGAGUACCCAAACUUUCUCCAGAAAAAGUCUGCCAUUCCCCACGUCACCGUGAUGUUUGGCAUCAACGUGGAUGGCUCUGAGCGGCUUGAGCCGUUGAUUGUGGGGAAUUAUGAAUAUGAACGAAGCGGUGGUACCGGCUAUACCUCUGCGGGUCAAUCUUCCGCGGGUCAAUCUUCCGCAGGUCAAUCUUCCGCAAAAUACUUUGAACGCAACGGCAUCACGUACAAGUCCAACCGCAAGGCGUGGCUCACGUCCACGAUGUUCUACGACUACCUCUCAAUUUUGGACAAACGGUUGGCGAUGACCAACCGCGAGAUCGUAAUCCUCAUCGAUGACUGCUCCGCGCACAAAAUCAUCAACGUGAACUUGAUGAAGAUCAAGCUCAUAGUGACCAACUCCGGUGGCGACUCCAACUCCACGCCCGCAAAGUCCUUCCUCCCCUUCAACUGGGGCAUCAUCGAGGAGUUCAAGAUCCUCUACCGCUUGCAGCAGUACCUUCACAUGAUCAACGUCCAGCGCAAUAGCGAGCACCACCAGUUGUUGCCGUUGACAGCACAGCAGUAUCGCAUCGGGCUCCUUGACUGCGUUGCCUGGAUCAAGCGUGCGUGGGAUUCGAUCCCCCAGGCCACCGUUCUUGCAUGCUGGACGUACUCGCACGUGGUUCCCCCUAACCACCUCACGGAUCUCGUGCGCGAGCACCCAGCGCUUAGCCGCGACCCGCACCGUAAGUCUCUCGAGAAGUUGCGCGUGUUGAUAGGUCAGUUGCGCGUGAACGAGGUUUGGGACGUCCAGGCGCUCUUGAAUCUCGCUAAGGAACGCAAGAACAAAAUCUACAUUUCCAACCAAGAAAUCAUUGAUGUGUGUAUUGUGGAC